AUGCCUGAGCAGAAGGAGAAUAUAUCUACCAAAGUUUUAUCGAAUGACACUGCUGCUGUCACGAAAUCUCCCUCACCAGUACCAUCAACAUCAAGUGCCUCGAGAGGCAGACAAACAAAGAUGCCUACACCUCAAGAAAUGCAAGAGCUGUAUGAUAAGAUUACGCCAUUACAAAAAAUAGUGACACUGCAGCAUAUAUACAGUCUGUAUAUGGCAGCUGCUCAACAAACCGAUAAGAAAGAAGUAAGUUUCAACAUUAUACAACUUCAAAGAAUGAUCAAUUCAAAUCCACUAGUGAAUUUAGAUUUUGACUUUCUUAAUAUCAGCGGAUACUUGAAUAGCCUUAAGGAUAAGAGUAAGGAAAAAGCAGGUGGUAUUGUCCCGGGAGGCGGUGGAAGUGGUGGAAGUGGUGGAAACAGCUCAAAUAAAGGGCCAGUUAGUCCGGUCCAAUUGAUACAGAUAUUGACUGAAUCUUUAACUCUGAGGGAUGAAAGGGGUCGUAACGAACAGGUAAUUCAGCAGGUCCCAAACACGAUGUUGUUUAAAUUGAGCAGAUUUAUUGAUUUGAAUUUUGUCAAAGACCGACUGAUCAAACUUUUGAAUGCCUAUAAGAAUACCACGCUGAAAAAAAUCGAAGAAUUAGAAGAAAAGUGGAAGACUAAAAAAAGGGAAAUACAGAUGAUAGAAGAAGGUAAAAUGGACGAUAGUGUAUUAUAUGAAGAGUUCUUAAAGGAUUUGAAAAGGAAGAGAGGACCUUCUAAAGAAAAAAUGUUAGAGAAAAAGAAAAACAUCGUUGCAAGUACUUCCAACUCUCCUGAAUCUAGCAAUGCUGGGACCCCUAUUCCGGUGAACUUGGAACAAAAGGCUGAUGAUACCAGAUCUGGACAAAGUGAUAAUGUAGGUGAUAAGAAGAGGAAAGAAAUUGACAACAAGAUGGAAGUUAAGGAAGAAACGAAGGUUUCAGAAAAGCAAGCGUUGAAGGGGGACGAGAAAAAAUCAAGCCACACAAGCCAGGAAGAAGUUUUGGAGGGUAAGAAUACUAUAGAGACAAGCGAGAGCAAGAAGCUUGAAGUGAAACAGGACACGGUAGUAAAUAUAGAAGUUAAAAGUCAAGAGCCGGUUAUUGAGAAGAGACGAAAAAAAAGAAAUGGAGAUGCAGUGACCGAAGAAAGCAAAAUUGGAAAUGAAAAGGAAUUUCAAGAUCAGAAUGGAAAUGAAACUGAGCAAGGGGAACAAGGCCAUAACAAAAAUAAAAGUGAGGAACAAGGUCAGAACCAAAAUAAAAAUGAAAAACAAAGUUUGAAUGAAAAUGAAAAUGAAAAGGAAGGUAAUUCCAUAAGUGUGAGUGUACCGCACAACCAUCAUGGAUAUACAAAAGAUCAAACUAAUGAUAAUGAAGGCAAAAGGAAACUUGAUGAUGGAGAUGUAGAAGAGGCACGUGACAGCAAAAUCUUGAAGAAGCCAAAAACAGAGGAAACUUCAAUCGUCGAAGAAGAUAAGCCACAAAUUAGGUUGAGGACCAGAAGUAUGGUUAAUAAUGAAAACACAGUCAAAAAAUUUCAGCAAUUAUCCCUACCUAUACUAACAAAUAUUUCGUCGCAUCGUAUCGCUUCAAUGUUUUUGACGCCAGUCAAUGCUAUGGAAGAGCCUGAUUAUUUUAAAGUAAUUAAGAAACCAAUUGACUUGAAGACUAUAAUAAAAAAGGUCAGGAACUUUUCUAUAAACACCCUCGAAGAGCUUGAAUUUGAAAUGCAACUGAUGUUCACGAAUGCGAUAAUGUACAAUACAAGUGAUAAAGUUGAAGGAAUAUCGGAUAUGAUGAAAGAAUGGCAAGAUCUAGUAGUAAUAUUGAAAGAAAAUAUGUAA